AUGGAAAUACCCAAAGCAGUAAAAAAUUUUGAAUUACCACAAGCGGUUAAAAAUAUUGACCUUCCGGCUGCCAUGAAAAAUAUCGAACUUCCUGCCUCGGUUAAGAAUAAUAUAGAGAUGAUACCUGAAGCAAUGAAAAAUAUUGAUUUUUCAAAUGCUAUGAAAAAUGUUCCAAAUGCAUUAAGAGAAGUUCCCAAUGCUGUAAUGAAUACACAAGUUCCUAUUUUUUCUGCAUUUGCAACUUCUGCUUUUACAAGUGUUGCAUCUUUAACAAAAAACAUUCAACAAAAAGUUGAACAAACAGCUAAAGAAUUUCAACAACAACAUCAAGAAUUCAUUAAAGAAGUAAAAGAAGAGACACAUGAAUCAAAAGUAGGAACAGAAGCUAUUCCACCAUGGGCAGGUUUACCAAAUGAAGAAGAGCUUAAAGAACAAAUUAUGGCUUUAUCUCAGGAUAAACGUAAUUUCACCAUUCCACCCCCAGAAAAUACAAAUUUUCAAUUUGAACUGCAUGUUUACUACCAAACUGCUAUGGCAGCUCUUCAAGCUGAUCCUAAACUAAAUCGUAUGCGAUUUGAAUUAGUUCCAGCAAUAGUACCAGAACCAACUUUUUGGAGAAAUUAUUUCUAUCGUAUAUCUCUUAUUAAACAGACAUCAUUGGGUUCAAUGGAAGAUACAGUUUUGAAAAAAGAAGUUUAUUCUAAGGAUGUUGGUGAUAAAGAUUUAACAAUUGUUACUCGAGAAAUUAAUGAAAAAGCGAGCGAAAUUAUUGAGGUCAAGGAAAAAGAUGAAGCAUCAUCUACUAAUAGUGAAAUAUUGUUCGAUGCUUCAUCCAAGUCUGGUGAUGAUUCAGAUGCAUGGAUUGAUGAAUUUGCUAAAACAACAGAAUUGGAAGGCGUAGAAGAUGGCGAAGAUGAAUUUCCAGAGAAUUGGGAGGAACAACUAAAAGAACAGCUAAAGGAGUAA